CCCUUUACCCUUUUAGGUGAAGGUGACGGACGUCUCUAAGAGUCAGUCUGGUGUGACCAACCGUGGUGAGAGGAUGGGAAGAUUUUCGCUCCUGACUGGCUGCCUCACUGGCGGUUUGGGAUUGACUGCCGCUCUUGGUCUAGUGUUCCUGCUGGCGACGAAUCACAUAAGGAAUGGCAGGAAUGAGGAAAAGGAUUUACUCACCUUGGAGGAUUUCGAGGAUUACAUCAUGAAUAACGUCGAUCCUCAGAGCAUAAGGCAGUUUUUAAGGAACCUGACGACCCUCCCCCACCUGGGCGGCACGGAGGAGGAGUGGCAGAUGUCGACACUCAUUUCUGACACCUGGCACCAGCAGGGCAUGGAUGAGGUCCACAUGGUGCCAUAUGAGGUGCUUUUGUCGUACCCGAGCAAGGAGGUGCCCAAUCUGGUCCGCCUCGUCGACCAAGAUGGCGGCGCGGCGUGGGCGUCGGCGCCGAAACAGAAGCCAUUGUAUUCCCCCGAAGAAUCAAAUCCUGACAUUCCUUUCACUUUUAAUGGUUAUGCAGCUCCUGGGAAUGUCACGGGUGACGCGGUGUAUGUAAAUUACGGCCGAUCCCAAGAUUUCAAGACGUUGUCUGAGAAAGGAAUUAAUCUCGAGGGGAAAAUCGUGAUCGCUCGCUAUGGAAAGAUCUUCAGGGCAAAUAUUGCCCAGAUGGCGGAGGACCUGGGCGCCGUCGGCCUCGUGCUCUUCAGCGACCCUUCGGACUACGCUCCCGAAGGACCCGAGUUCGUGUUCCCUCGGUCCUACUUCCUGCCCCCGUCGGCCGCCCCCUUCGGCACCGUCAAGCUCGUCGACGGCGAUCCACUGACGCCCUUCUACCCCGCGACCAAGAGCGCCUUCCACAUUCCCAUGGCGGAGGCACCCAUUCCUACCAUUCCAGUUCAGCCCAUUGGGUAUGAGGACGCUUGGCAGAUCCUCAGGUACUACGGUGGAUUCCCUGCCCCUGAGGAAUGGCAAGGCGGUCUGAACAUCACCUACAACCUGGGUCCUGGAUUCUUUCAACCCGGGUGGAAGCUCAACUUGGAUGUCAACAACAACAACACACACACUACAACUUAUAAUGUUAUUGGUGUCAUAAAGGGCAGAGUGGAGCCAGACAGAUACGUGUUACUGGGAAACCAUAUUGACGCCUGGAUUUUCGGAGGUUUGGACCCCAACUCUGGAACGGCUGCCAUGCUGGAACUGUCUCGUGUGCUCACCAAACUCGUUAAAGAAAAGGGCUGGCGUCCGCGCAGAUCCCUGGUGUUCUGUGCGUGGGGCGCCGAGGAAUACGGCAUCGUCGGGUCGCUGGAGUGGACGGAGCAGUUCGGGAAGCAGCUGGCGGACAGGGCGGUGGCUUACCUCAAUGUUGAUAUGGCGAUUGAAGGCAACUAUACCCUACGUACCAAGUCUGCGCCGCUGUUGUAUCAGUUUAAAAAAGGAAAAAAAAAUGUGUUUCUUUUCCAUAAGAUUCCGAACCCGGACCCAGAAGAAACAAAAGCAGGUCGCCUCACGGUCUACGACACUUGGGCCUUGCGAAAACCCGAUCCCGUGGAACCGAACUCUCCGCUGAUGCAGUUUAUAGGAUCCGGUAGUGAUUAUAAGGGAUUCCAGCACAACCUUGGGAUUCCUUGUAUGGACACGAGGUAUACUUAUAGUGAUCGUACCCUAGGUGAACCCCAAUACCACACUCUCUACGAAACCUUCGCUCUGGUGGACGAAAUCUACGACAGAGGUUUCCAUUUUCACAAGGCUGUCACCGUUCUUUGGGGUUAUAUCACCCUUAGGCUGUCUGAACCCGAGAUCCUGCCGUUCUCUCUCGACGCUUACGCCACUUUCAUUUCACGGGCAUCAAACAGCAUUUUAGAGAAAUAUGGGGACCUCAUCAGUUCUCAGAACAUAACGAUGGAUUACUUUACCGCAGCAGUUCGAAGGUUCAAGUCAACGACAAGCGCCUUCUGGAACUCAACUGAGAAACUGGACCGUGAGAACCCAUUAGCAGUCCGACACGUUAAUGACCAAUUAAUGAUGGUUGAGAGAGCGUUUAUCGACGCCCGCGGGCUGCCUGGGCGCCCGGAUUAUAACCACGUCGUGACGGCGCCGAGCAAGAACGACGCCUACUCCGGCACGGCCUUCGCUGGCCUGUCUGACACCCUGUACAGCCUGCAGGUAGCGCCGGAUGACCUGCGAGCUGACCUGUGGGUGACCUUCUCCCAACACCUGGCUGCUGUGACCCACGCCCUGGAAACGGCCAGCGGAGUUUUGACUGACGAACUGUGGUAGCAUUUCUUCC